CCCGCAUUUUAAAAACAUUUUUUUAUUUUAGUAACAGUUCAGCAGACCUGUGGCUGUUUGAGGUGCCAACAAUCAGAGAAAAGGACACCAAAGAGUCGCCCCUCAAAUAUUGCGAGGUUUAUCAGGGAAACUACGUCUACUUCUGAGUCUAAUAAAAAAUGACUGCAAACUAUCAUAAGAUAGACUUCAGGUCACUUAUCGACGUUGGGGAACCCCACAACGAAGAGAAUAUAGUUUUUAAACCGUAUCGUUACUUGUAUGUCUGAGGUGCAUGCAGGAUGAGGCACAACACCGGAACCAUCGCCGUAUGUCUUGUUUCCAGCCGGAGUCAUGAGAAGCAGGCACCGCAAGCGUGUUGUGUACACUAGAAAUGUCCACGCUUUACUAUCCGUCAGUGAUCAUUUAAAAAUGUGUAUGAAAGAAAUCCAUUAGACGAGUCAAUGUAAACGGAAAAUCAUCCUCUACUUUGACGGACAUUUUAACGUGCGUCACUAACGUUAACGUCAAAAACUAGCCUUUCUUUCGACUUCACCUUUUAUAGUCACCAUGGGGCUCAAGCGACAGAAACAAGCCAAGAAAACCUUAAGUUUCUACAAAUACAACUUCAGCUUCAGGGAACCCUUUCAGAUCCUCUUCGAUGGGACUUUUUGUCAGGCGGCUUUAAAGAACAAGAUUCAGAUCAAAGAGCAAAUGCCCAAAUACCUGAUGGGAGAGGUGCAGCUGUGCACUACAAGCUGUGCACUGAAAGAACUGGAGACUCUGGGGAAAGAGCUGUAUGGAGCCAAAAUCAUCCUGCAGAGGUUUCAGGUGCGGAGGUGUCCACAUUUCAAGGAGCCUGUUCCGGCUUCAGAGUGUCUGCUUUCCAUGCUGGGGGAGACAAACCCUCACCACUACUUUGUUGCUACACAGGACCACUCAUUAACUGCAGGCCUAAAGAAGAUCCCAGGCGUUCCCCUGCUCUACAUCAUCCUCAACACCAUGGUGCUGGACAAGCCCUGCCAGACGUCUCUAGACCACGUCCGGGCCGUCCAGCUGGGAGAGCUGGUCAGCCCGGCCCAGCAGCAGAGCAUCCGCAGCCUGAAGGAGGAGCAGGGCAUCAACCAGAAGGACGGAGAGAGGCGGGGGAAGAAGAGGAAGAGGAAACAGAGCCAUCCUAACCCUCUCAGCUGCAUGAAGAAGAAAAAGAAAGGCGGGCCGACACCGCCGAAGAAGAAGACGACUGAGGAGGGGGAGAAGAGGAAAAGAGUUAGAAACAAGAAACCACGGACGGAGGGAGGAGCCAUGUCUGCACCUGCGGUUAUAAAUGCAUAGCUUCGCAGGAAGACAGAGACUUCAGCCAAUUAGUGUCUUGCAUAAAUGUUAUUUUAUGAUGUUCACAAUCCCAUUCUAAAAAUAAUCCAAUCUUGUCUGUUUCUCCGAUGCUAAUGCAUAGAAUAAACCAAUUGAUGUCACUCAAGAUGCAAUUUUAAAAUACUGAUUAGAGUAUUUGUUUUAUUUAGAAAAAUGUUGCAACAGUUUCCAAGACUCAGGACUUACAGGCAUAGGACUGAAACUGCUCAGGAACAUAGCAAUGUUUUUGAGAUCGGAAGAUUUGUCUUGGCUUUUUUUACAAAAUAAAAAGGCAGGUUUACAGGCACAUAGUUUAGAAUAUAAGAAGCACUCAAACAUUACAUGAUAGUAAGUGGAUAUGAAAAACAACGCAUUCAGUUGUCUUUGCAGAAGCACAAGGAUUGUGGUCACAAUGACUUGGUGGACUGCUUGUUUUUACUGUACGCUGUGUGAUUUUUGAUGUCGGCUAAAUUCAACCUGUAGAGUCCAAAGGACAACGUUUAUAACAAAUAUGUCCAUUCAGACUGCACUUGAUUGUGUUAUCAAGUCAUUCUUUAGAUUAUAAAUCAAUUUUGCUUUUAAAUAAUCUGUAAAUUCUCUUGAUAUAUAUUACAUCAAUACAUGAAUAUUGAGUAGGUAUCUACUUGAUUUAUACUGGCAGGAGUUCUACAUUCCUAAAUGUCACCCAGUUGUAACUAAAUGAUUAUCUAUAUAUAAAAUGGACACUUGGAUAAAUAAAUCUGUCAUGAACUUCACGUCUUUUAAGAAUA